AUGGUAUUAUGUGCUUAUAUAAAAUUAUUUAGAGUUCCAUUUCAUAAUUUUAUACGGUCAGAACAAUGGUUGAAUGUAAUUGGCAUCAACGAAACUAGUAAUAAAAAUUACUUUGUUUGCGAAAAACAUUUUAAAAGUUGUGAUUUUGAUCACAACGGAAUUAAUGUUAAUGUAAGGAAAUUGAAAUUGUCUGCUGUGCCCAGUUUGUUUUUGCCGGUAAUUGAAGUAGUAAAUGAAGAACAUGAGCAUAAUAAUAUGGAAUUAACAUUUGAUGUUGAGGAAAUCAAAUUGAAUAAUGAUGGUAUCAGUGAUGAAAGUUUGGCAUUGGAUAGAAAUGAAAUAAAUAACAGUAUUUGUAAUGAAAAUUUACCAAUAACUCCAAAAAUUUUAUUUCCUCAACCUUUGGUUAGAAAUCCAGAAACCUCUUGUGUUUAUUGUAGUAAAAGACAUGAUAUUUUGAGAGCCAAAGAAUAUUAUACUAAAAAACUAGCUGAAAUAAAAGAAAAAGAAAGUAAGCUACCUUUGUCUUGUCCUUGUGAAAAUAAUAAAAACCCCAACUCAAAUAAACAAUUGAUGACACUGUCGGAUACAUGUAAUGAAAAUUUUUCUACAUUAACUCCAAAGUCACUAGCAAGACGUGCGUUUAUUCUUGACCAUUCAUAUAUAUCAUCUCUUUCAAAGUUGAUUAAACACAAAAUUAAAAACUCCAAAAAUAUAAAAAUUAGUCAAACUAAGUCAAGGAGAAUGGUACAAAAGUGUAGACGUCAAAUAAAAGUGAUUAAAAAAAUUAAAUUGUUAUUAAGUAAUCUAAAAAGGAAAUGUGGUGUUCAAGAAAAAUUAACAUCCUAUCAUGAACAUACAUUCCCAACAGCAAUGUCAGAGAUAUUUAACAGAUAUAAAAAGGGGGAGAGAAAAUGUUAUUCGCCAUCAUUAAGAGCUUUUGCUCUAACUUUAAAUUUUUACUCAUCCAAAGCGUAUAAUUUUGUCAGAGAACAAUUUGGUUUAAGCAUUCCUCAUGCAGCAACUCUAAGAUCACGGUACCACGAAAUUAAAGUAGAAGAAGGAUUCACAGAACAAUCAUUUACUGCUCUCAAAUAUAAAUCUCUAGAGUAUAGAUAG